UCCGGGAUGUUCCGAAAUGUUCCAUGUUCCUGGUUUUAUCGACUCCCCUCGCGAAAUUUAGUGAGAAUAAGGUAUUUGCAUUAGGAAACGUACAAACGUAAGAAUAGAUCUCGGUGUAGGCCAAAAGGAGAAUAUAAUGUAGAAGCAUGCUGAAGAUGAACGUCUCGUGUUGUUACAGGUACUAUAAUAAAAAAGCCAUCUUUGAAUAGUCCGGGUGGUUAUUAUCGAUUUUUAAAAUUGAUGACAAUCGAUAUUUCUGAAGGCAGAAAUUAUCGAUUGUUAUCUUUUCUUGCCAAUCGAUAACAAUCGAUAUAAACAAUUUUCUGUGGGUUUACGAUUGUUAUCGAUUGCCGAUAUCAAUCGAUAGCAAUCCGCGAUUGAUAUCGAUUGAUUUCCAAUAUCGAUUUUUGUCGAUUAACUACGCCCGGAGUAAACUAAGAAAUGCUUGCUGUAGAUGUCACAAGAGGGUCAUCCUCGUUAAAUAAAUGCUGAUUGAUGGGUUGAUUGAUUGAUUGAUUGAUCGAUUGACCGAGCGAUUGAUUGAUUGAAACCUUUCCAUAUAUGCAUUAUAACAUUUUUUUCUUUUUCUUUGUUUGUGGUAUUUUAAUUGACUUUGAGUCUAAUCCACAGUGACCGGACAUGAACACCCCCACAGAUGCAGAAGCAGCUUUGCGUUCAACGACAGGGAAGGAGUAUUUUCACCGGCUGACAAGACUUUUGGUGUGCGGAGGCGCCAGGCUCUUAAGAGAAAAGUUUGAUUCUUUUCACUCGCCCACCGUUCUUCCAUUGACGCUAGGUGAUCCUGCUAUAGUUGAUCAACUGUGGAGAGAAAGACUUUCCAAACCACAAUGGGAUUGCCUCUACCCUUCCCCUGGUACGUUUGGCAAGUCCACCGAUUUCGACGUCUCGUUAACAUUCAGAUUGUUAAGAACAAUAUGCAACCUUACAGAUCCUCUAACUGGGUGGAACAAUCUGCCAAACAGUACAGACCAUAGUCUUGAAGCAGAGUUAGUGCGGAUAAAAUACUACCGCAAUUCUGUUUACGGUCACAACAGGACAAUGGAAGUGACCAACUUGGAGUUCGUAAAUCUUUGGAGCGAAAUCAGUGAAGCUCUUUUGCAAAUUGCUGGAUCUAUAAGUAAUGAAAAGAGAGAGGAAUGGAAAAAGGCCAUUGAUGAGUUGCGUAAUGGUCCUCUAACAACAGAGGAACAAAGAUACGUGGUUGAGCUUCAAUUAUGGUACAAGAACGACAUGGAUGUCAAAGAAGCAUUAGAACAACUUGGAGAUCAGUUUCAACAGGUUAACGUAUAUGUCAGAGAUCAGUUCCAACAGGUGAACCAAAGGAUAGAUGAUUUGACAACUCUUAUUUGCAUCGUCUUGGAACGACUUUCACAAGGUGGACAACUUACAGCAAAUCUUGAUGGAGAUCACCAGGAUCCUCCAACAGAGUCUUACAUCUGGAGAGUGAUUCUCUCGCCUGCCUAUAACCGGCUUCAAAGUCUUCUAGAGUACUUGAAAGUUCAGCUUGGUGUCAAUGUUGUCAGCCACGAAGAAGGAAGUUUGUUGAUAAAGGUGACAUGCAGCUCAUUGCAAAUCCUUGAAGGUCUGUGGAAAGAUUACAGCAGCGGCAAUCUCAGUAAAGUGGUACAGCGAACGCUUGUAACACCAGAAGUGUUAGAGGAACUUGGGCUUAGCGAGUUGAAACUAAAAACCACAAUUACAAAGAGAGAGUACAACAAAUGCAAAGAGAGGAGGGGAGAUAAGGCCUUUGCCAUUUUAACAGAAGCAAGGGAUGAAGACGCCAGUAAAAUGGAAGGAAUCGACGAUAUAUCGGAAAUGAGUGAAUUGAUGAAGGCGUUUGGUAUUUCGUGUAAAGGACUACAAACAUUGGAUGAGAUGAAAACUCAAGUGAGAACGGCAUUGAAUCUUUCAGUAGAUAAGCCUAGCUGGACGGCAGGUCAGGCCUUUUCCAUUUUAACAGAAGCAAGAGAAGAAGAUGGCUUUAAAAGACAAGCUUUACUUAAGCUUUACUCCGAUACCGAGGACUAUCUGAGAAACCUAAAUGACGAAAUUCUCGAUUUGCUGAAGAAGAACGUGGGCAACAUUGAAGAGAAGAUAGGAAAUCACCAAGCACACCUGAAACGGAAAGAAUAUUUCCUUCUUGUGGCAGGUGAGACAAGCUCUGGAAAAAGCACCUUGGUUAACCUUAUUCUUGGAGAGGAACUACUUCCAUAUUCUGUACUCAGCACAACGUCCACUAUAUGCGAAUUGAAAUAUGGAGAACAACGCAGAAUCGUGGUCCACUUUAAGGACAAGGAUCCAGAAACAGGGCUUCCAACUAUGGAGUUCCCUCUAAAAGCUGCAUCCUCUGAACAAAGCUAUCUUGAGCAGAUCUCUCAUUAUGUUCACGCGACGAGUGAUCGAGAUAAAGGUUCACUUUACAAAAAGGUUGAACUCUUUUGGCCUCACCAAUUUUUGAAGAAAGGCGUGGUUAUAAUUGACAGUCCGGGUAUUGGUGAGUCUGACAUCAUGGACGGGAUGGUUACGCAGUAUUUGCCUCAAGCAUUUGCGUUCAUUUAUGUCAUAAACAGUGCAAACGCUGGAAGAGUUCAGAGAGAUAGACUUGAAAGGUUGCUUGAUGAAGUGAGGAAGAAGACGAUUGAGGGACAGGAAAGAUCAGUCUUAUCCCAGUGUGCAUUGUUCGUGUGCAACAAAUGGGACCAAGUUCCGGAAAAUGAAGUAAGCAAGGUCCAGAAUCACGUGAUCAAGAAGCUAAAGAAUUGUUGGCCUGGUAUUGAUCCCAAGUCACAGAUAACCUAUAUCUCAACUAAAAACGCCAUUAUCGCUCAGAACUACGGAAUUAUCACCGAUGAAUUUUUCUCCUUGAUGAGUGGCAUCAGGUCGAUGGUUUUGAAAAGCAUCAAAGCCCGGCUGGAAAUGCACUGGAAUAAGCAGCGGUACAAUAUUGUUGUAGGGCAACUGAGGAAUCUCCAGUGUGCUGUAACAAAUGAUGACCUCGAUGUUCCCGAAACUGUUCCUCCUAAACAAGGCUUAACUAUGGCGGAAAAGGUUGUCAUCGGCGUCACUAGUCUAAUAUGGGUUCCAGUUUCCCUAGUUACGCUGUUGAUUGGCGCCCCUGUGAUCGGCAUACUUGCGAUUAAAAACAAACUGAAAAAUAGAAGUAAGAUCAAGAAAUACGAAAGAGACAAAUGUGCUUUUAUGGCUGAAGCAUCCGCAGACUACCUCGAUGAUGCAACAAACGAAAGCGAGCUCAAGGUGUUCGUGGAGAACCAAGUGAAUGAGGCUAAGCUGUGUCUGGAACAAAUUGAAGCCCGUAUUUCCGAGCUGAUCGAGGCUGACAAGAUGUUAUGUAAAGAACUCGGUGAUGUAAGGCUUUCACAGAUAGAGAUACAAAAAUUGUACCAACCAAUCGUGGAUGAAGCUUCUGAUAUCAGGGGACAUCUGGCGGCAUUUGCAUUAAAUGGCAUCCGUGCCAUUGACAUCAGCAGCGAGGAGUUAGACUGGAAAGAAGAGAGUUCUUCACGUCUUGGAUUUGGUGUGUUUGCCACUGUGUACCAAGGGAAGAUGAAAAGACAAGGGAACGAGCAGACUGUAGAAUUAAAGGUUUGCAACGUAGCGCUUGAUUCCAAAAAUGCAAGCCUUAUCAUGGAAGAGGUAGAACUUUUGAGAAAAUUGGACCAUCCUCACAUUGUAAAGUUUUAUGGCACAUCCCUUCUCAAGAAAGAGGACACCACAAGAGUGAUCUUGGUAAUGGAAAAGUGUAAAGGAGACUUGAAGAGUAAGAUCCUCGAUCACCCAGAAGCAACGCCAGCAAAAACCACGAAUCCUGACGUCUUUAGAGAAGUAUGUCGAUGGGCGAGAGAGAUCACUGAUGCUCUUACGUUCAUGCACAAUGAGGGACGUGUUUACAGGGACCUCAAGCUAGAGAACAUAUUGCUAUCAGAAGACAACUUAGUGAAGAUAACUGAUGUUGGAGUUUCUAAAGAAGUGAAGGACGUCACGGGUAGUUUGCAGGAGACCUUUGUGUACAUCGCACCGGAAGUAUUUCAUUCCAAGGUGUAUGACAGCAAAGCAGACAUAUACAGCUUUGGUUUAAUGCUGUGGGAGAUGUGGUAUGGGCAGCAGGCCUUUGCUGAAUUCAAGGGCCCAAUGGCACUUUUCUUCAGUCGGGUGGAUGAAGGCUACCGUCCGAAAGAUGUGGUAGGUAGCAAGAAGCCUCCGGCCCAAUGGAAGCAAUUGAUGAUCCGGUGCUGGGAGAGAAAUCCAGAGCAACGUCCUUCCGCAAACGAUUGCAAUCAAGAACUCACUACACUGUUCCAGGACGUUGUUAGACCACUGUAAUUUAGUCAAUGGUUUGAUCCAUAGGACGUCCAUGGAGCAGAAGAUGCACUCGAAAUGACUAUAACUUUGAUUUAGACCAUUCUCUUCUUCCUGAUUGAAGGAAAUAUAGGCGAAAAUUUUUUCCUCCGGUCAAAUACGAUUAAUAGACAAUUCAGGAAAAACAUGGAUUUUGAUUUCGGUUUCGUAGGCUUUCGUCUGAUUAGGAAUUAGCGAUGAAACGUUUUUUUCUUUCUUGUAUCAAAGAAAAUUUAGAACAUUAAUAACUUUUGAUACUGAUGUAAGAGGCACAGGAUAAAUCUGUUUGUCAGUAUACUCUUGAGCACCAAGUGCUUAGUAUCAAGAACUAUGCUACUCCUUCCUCUACCCCUAUCUGGGGGAGUGCUUUACUUCAUGUAUACGAUUUAUAAGGAUGCGUUAUUGGGCAUUUACUUUUGAAUUGGGUGUUGCAGUGUUUGUUCGUAUUUUAUGAAAAUCCUAUUUGUUAGAUAAUCUGUAAUCAUUAAUUAUCACACCCUAAACCGCAGCCACGUGAUAACACCUUUAUAUUUUUGUACAUAGAUUACUUUUGUUCAGUCCUAUUAAAGCAGUUGUGUAGACCACA